GUGGCAUCAAUACAUUACAUUCACAUUCGAAAAUGCUGUUUAUUUAUUUAUUUAUUUAUUUUUGCUGUAUAAAUGAAGAUUUUGUGAUAUUCGAGUUUUGAUUUUUGUGAACCCGGCAUAAGCUAAGAAUCCGUCCAGGAGCACACGCCGGAAAACAAACCUCAUUCCUUCCUAUAAAUGAAGAAGCAUGGUUCGAUUAACUGGGGCCGUAUUGAAGGCACCUAGGAAAUUUAUUGAUAGUGUUAGAAUAACUGCUCGUGGAGGUCGAGGUGGGAAUGGAAUCCCCAAAUAUGGUGGUAUUGGUGGAAAAGGGGGAGAUGUCUUCUUGGAGGCUACUGAAAAUUAUUCCUUAUUGAAAUUGAAAAGAGAGUUUCCUACUCAGCGAUUUAUCGGAGGAACUGGUGGAAACAGCAAGAGAUUUCAAAUAUUAGGAAGUCCUGGAGAAGUUGUUUCAAUCAAGUGUCCUCCUGGUGUCACUGCAGUUGCUGAUAAUUGUGUCAUUGGUGAGUUGAAUCGUGUUGGCGAAAAGCUUCUUCUUGCACGAGGUGGUUGUGGAGGUGGACCACAAAAUGGUUUUAUUGGUCAGAAAGGGCAGCAUGUUCCUCUUACACUAGAUCUGAAACUUCUUGCUGAUGUGGGAUUUGUUGGGUAUCCAAAUGCUGGUAAAUCUACAUUAUUACAAGCUUUAUCAAAUGCAAAGCCAAAAAUAGCAAAUUAUCCAUUUACAACUAUUGCACCAAACAUUGGAAUUUUGUCAUAUGAUGAUUUCAGAAAGAUAACUGCUGCUGAUCUGCCUGGUCUGAUAGAAGGUGCCCAUUUAAAUUAUGGAAUGGGUCACAAAUUUUUGAAACAUUGUUUGCGCACAAAGAUUCUUCUUUUUGUUGUGGAUAUAAAUGGUUUUAGAUUAAAUCCAGACACUCCUCACAGAACUCCUUUUGAAACUGUCAUGCUCUUGAAUAAAGAAUUAGAAUUAUAUGAUGAAGAACUUGUGUUGAAACCUGCUCUUUUGGCUGUAAAUAAAAUAGAUAUGGAUGAAGAAGAGCAAAAUUUUCAAAAAUUGAAGGAAGAAUUGAAAUUUUGUAAAAGUAAUGUUGAACAGCUUCCUGAUGAAAUCAGACCAACUACUGUUAUGAAUUUUGAUGCUGUUGUAUCCAUAUCUGCAAAAGAAGGAAUCAAUAUACCAAUUUUAAAACAAAAAAUUAGAACUCUCAUAGAUAUACACCAAGACAAUAAAAAAAUCAGAUAUCUAGAGAACACAUCUUCUGAACAGAGAGACAUGGAAGUUAUAUAUGCUUAAAAUCACACAUUUUAUAAAUGUGAACCUUGUAUUAUAUAUAAUUUUGUAAAGAAAAUUUUAAAUAUAUAUUAAAUGAAAAACAAAU